CGGACCAAUUGACAAUUUCCUAUCUACAACACUGCUAUUUUGGGCAGCUACCACCAUGCCCACCAGUGGUGUCACAAAGGAACUACCCUCACCGGAGAGACAUUCAAACCGCACCUACAGGAUACUCGAGUAUAACUAUGUUGUCUUCCCUAUGACCCUGAUUUUGGUAUUCUACAUUCUUAAAAGCGCCAUUGGUGUUACCGGCUACUACGUCAAGUUGUCCGAACAGGGGUGGACCACGUCGGCAAUUGUCCAUGCCGUCCUACAUGGACUUUUCCUUCUCUUGCAGAUGCCGCCAUGCGGGAACACUCUCGGCCUUUGCCUCCCAAUGAAACCAAUCAACUAGUCACCAGGCCUACGAUCCGACGUCUCGGUACACUAUACGUGUGCCUCGUCACGAAGGGGACAAAUGCACAGACUGUAGUGAAUUCAGUCCGCUGCUGGGAUACCUUACCACAGAGAGACCACCCGUCGGUUCGAUUCCAUGUGGUGCUUGACAGCAGUGAUCCUGGAGACCUCCCAAGGCAACUCCCAUCAUACGUCACAAUCGACCAGGUGCCAGAGGUUGUGCCAGUGAAAAAAGCCAGGUUCAAGGCCCGCGCAUUAGAGCACUUUCGUCAGAAGUACAAUUUUUCCAAAGAAGACUGGAUCUUGCAUCUGGAUGAAGAGUCUGAGAUUGAUGACCGUGUCAUGCGCACAUCUUUGGACUUUAUCGAGAAAGGCACGGCGGACUUUGGCAUGGGCACAAUAUAUUAUACUUCGACGAAUCAUUGGAAGAAUGCGUUUCUCUCCGCGGCAGAAGUAUCACGACUGGCGGAGGAUUUUGGUCGGUUCCAACUUCCCGUACGAACAUUCCGCCGUCCGUUUCUAGGUUGGAUCUUGAUCAAUGGCGCGGUCGAAAAUAAAAUCACAUGGGAUACGGACAAUGUGUGCGAGGAUUAUUGGUUUGGGUAUCAUGCUGCAAAACAGGGCUUCAAGUUCGAAUGGCUGCACGCCAUCGUGCGCGAGCAGCCUCCAUGCACAUUUACCAAUCUAUGGAACCAGCGGAGGCGAUGGUAUACCGGAAUUCUCGCCUUUGAUAGGAUCGUCGUGCGUCUUGCCUUGAUUGUCGGGGGAAUUUUGGGGGGGGGG